CUUUUGGUCUCUCCAAUUCAAGCUCAGCUGUUGGCACAGCUUCUUCUACCAUUAACACGACGUUGAUAACAUUCAUACAAACAUAGUCAAUUUCCUCUCAAACAAUCGCCAAAUCCUCAAACCUUACAUACCAACAUAAUGGCACCCCGCGCUUUCAUCUCUGCCCUCCGCCCCAUCACCUCCUCCUUCUCCCCCAUCACACGCCGCGCGCUUUCCACGACACCGCGCAUGGCAAUUAAAGAGGACGGCAACCGUACAGCCGGGGAGCUUGAGCAGAAGAAGCAGGAGCAGCUGAAGGAACAAAAGGAGGGCAAGGGCCGAUGGCGCGAGGACCUCGCCAGCUCAGGCGAGAGCAACAUUGCCGCCGAUAAGCAGAAUGUCACCGAUCACGACAGCCACAUCAAGGACUUGCAGCAGGAAGGCAAACAGAAGAGCGAGAAGGGCGAGUUGUAGAUCAAAAGCCUCUAAUGCGAAGGGAAAGGGUUGUGAAGACCCUGUAUGGUGGAUGAAUCAGCAUAUAUGAAUCUCUCAGCGCGGCAUCGAUAUCCAAUCCGAUCAAAUAGCCUUUCAAAAAUGUCGAAAAUGGAUCUGGCACCCUCCCAGUGUUCCCAGUCGGGACAACAUUCUCCCUU